AUGGCUGAUUGUUCAGGUGCCAACAGGAUCCACAGUCCCAUAGAGGACAUGUGCAUUGAGGUCAUGACAACCCAAAUAAAUUGGUAUAAAGCUGACAGCACGUGUAAGAACCGAGGUGGUCGACUGGUAGUAGCGAGCAGUAAAGGAAAGUUCAACUUCUUUAAGACAACGCUGCAAGGAUCAGCUGUCUGGAGCACCAACUGGAUCGGCCUGAGUGUUGAGCCCGUGGCGAACGGAAUAUUCAUCUGGUCUGAUGGGACGCGGGCAACCUACACCAACUGGAUGCCUGGAGAAGGACGGAGUUCGACAGAGUUCUGUGUGGAGAUGGUCCGGUCACAUGACUUCAAGUGGAAUGACAACCCUUGCUGGGCUCUGCUUAGAUUCAUCUGUGAAUACACACCUAAUAUAGUGUGA